UUUCUUCUUACACAGACAAAAGAAGUUGGUUUACUUGAUGCUGACAUAUAUGGACCUUCAAUUCCAAAGAUGAUGAACUUAAAAGGAAACCCAGAAUUAACACCAAAAAAUCUAAUGAGGCCCCUUAAGAACUAUGGAAUCGCAUGCAUGUCUAUGGGUUUCUUGAUAGAAGAGACUGCACCAGUUGUGUGGAGAGGGCUCAUGGUCAUGUCAGCUGUUGAGAAAUUGUUGAGACAG